AUGUCUCAGCUACAGCUUCAAACGGAAGCUAUCGAGCCAGAUGAAGACGAUCUUAAAUUAUUUCAUGUCGUUCACGAUUAUGUACAAUCGAAUUCUCCUCAUGCCCUCUCGGACGCCGUAGAAAAACUGAACUCUCUCUACGCCAUGUCGCUGACUGCCGAAGAACUAAGCCAGAGAAAGGCCCAGCUGGCAGAGACAAUGGAGGAAGGGGAGGAGAGUAUUGAAGACGCACUCGAUGAGUACUUGGAAAACCGCUGGCGAGGAUUCCACUUAUGGUUCUGGGAUGAAAUCUGCAAAAUUGCAUGGCAGAUUCCAUAUACGGAUUGCGCUCAGGAUAAGCUGGUCGAGCUCGUGAAGGCUCUCAAAACAUCACCGUGGCAGCCGAUCAUACAUACAAAGCACGAACAACUUGGCUCAUUUCCAUUAUGGUUGAACAGUAGUUCCGAGUUCCCCAAAAUAUUUCGAGCCUUAUCUGAUGGAAAUGAUAUGAAGGCCGACGAGGAGGGAUGGGAUUCGGAUUCUCGAAACCGGCGUCAAUUGAACCUGCGAGGAUUCGGUGCACGCUUGAUGGGCAGUGGUGCAAUGGGAGGUAUCGAGUUUCUUUGUAUAUGGGACGUGGCAAAGUGUCUGGAGGGGACAUAUCAAAUUGAGGGCCAAAAAUCAGGUUUUGCUUUCAGUUGGGGAGCUAAGGACGCCCGGUUUAGUAGCAACCCCGCGACCGAUGCCGACCUUGCACUCCACGUCGCUGAAGCCGCCGAGUGGAUCAGGCAUGGUGGUCGCCAUCUAUAUGGUUCCUAUGAGUAUCAGGCUUAUGCAGGAGGACCGCUGUGGGACGAAAAGCCUCGGGAUGAAAAGGGACGGAAGUACGCCUUAUGUCCGGAAAGGUGGGCACUAUGGAAGAGCCGAUUUGAAGAGUUUAGCAAGCACCCCGAGGUCGACCGGAAUACUAGAAGUAAAUCAACAGAAAUACACCAGCUGAUUGAGGAAAUUGAGGCAGAGCACGGGAAGGUUUGGAAGACAAAAUUUUGA